AUGGGUGGUUCGCAUGUAUGCUUUGGUUCUCCAGCUUACAGGAAUGCGGUAAAUGAGUGUGCUGGCCCGGAAGGUGCAGCUGGUUGUUGCGCACGCUCGUUGAAAUUGUUUGCAGCAGUGAUGGAUGGCCCAGUCGAGCGUACCUGGCUGGACUCGUCUCACUGUGACGGGGUUGCAUCGCAAAAUGAAGACGACCACGUGAGUUUACGUGCAUCUACAAAAGGCGGGACAAAGCAGUCAGCUCCCAAGAGGCCCUUGUUGAAGUAUCCGGGACGAAGCACAGAUGUUUACAGUACGUAA